AUGGCGAUCUCCUAAUACGUCCAGAAGACGGGUCUUAAAUUACUUCUAUUUGGAUCUAAUUUAAUCUCUCCACUCCAAAAUCAAAUGACUGAUUUUCUAUAUAGAGAAAUAGAAAAUGUUGUUUGAUCAACGUAAUUGACACGCCUUGUACGAUUCAACCCCUUUUAACCUCUCCCUUUGGCGGACUCUUCUUCUUUAACUUCGUAAUCUCAGCUGAAAACCCAUCUAUAAUUACCUUGAAAAAGUGUUGUUUAAGUUUGAUCGUCAAUAUCUAGGAUCUGCUACUUAUCAAUUUUGUCAAAGAUUUGUUUUUUGUUGUUUAAGUUUGUGAGUUCUGGGUUGUAGAUUAGCGGGUUUUUUGUGAAGGGCAGUAUACUUGGUUUCCUGGUCUGUGGUAUUCAAGGAAGGUGAGAGAGAAGAUGAGGGAAAAGCUUGGGUUUUUAGUUUGUGUUUGGUUUCUUCUAUAUGGAUCUUGUUUGGGAAGGUUCGUGGUGGAGAAGAAUAGCUUGAAGGUGACUUCACCGGACUCGUUGAAAGAUGUUUACGAAUGUGCAAUUGGGAAUUUUGGGGUUCCUCAGUAUGGUGGGACGAUGGUUGGCACUCUGGUUUAUCCAAAAUCCAAUCAAAAGGCAUGUAAGAGCUUUGAUGAUGCCGAUAUCUCCUUCAAAUCCAAGCCUGGUGGCAUGCCCAUCUUCCUUCUUAUGGAUCGUGGGGAUUGUUACUUCACCUUGAAGGCAUGGAAUGCACAGAAUGCUGGAGCAGCAGCUAUUCUGGUUGCUGAUGACAGAGUUGAGGCUUUGAUAACCAUGGACACCCCAGAGGAGGAGGAUGAAAAGGCAGAUUAUCUGCAAAACAUAACCAUCCCCUCAGCACUCAUUAGCAAAGCUCUCGGGGAUAAUAUCAAGAGAGCUCUGUCUAAAGGUGAUUUGGUAAACAUAAAUCUUGACUGGAGGGAGUCUCUUCCGCAUCCUGAUGAGCGGGUUGAGUUCGAGUUCUGGACAAAUAGUAAUGAUGAAUGUGGGCCCAAGUGCGACAGCCAGAUAGAGUUUGUAAAGAAUUUUAAAGGAGCAGCCCAGAUACUUGAGCAGAAAGGGUACACUCAGUUCACCCCACAUUAUAUAACCUGGUACUGCCCAGAGGCUUUUAUUUUGAGCAACCAGUGCAAGUCUCAGUGCAUUAACCAUGGGAGGUACUGCGCUCCGGAUCCUGAGCAGGACUUCACUAAAGGAUACGAUGGGAAGGACGUCGUUGUGCAAAAUCUACGCCAGGCUUGCUUCUUUAAGGUGGCCAACGAAAGUGGAAAGCCAUGGCUCUGGUGGGACUAUGUGACAGACUUUGCAAUCCGUUGCCCUAUGAAAGAGAAGAAGUACACCAAAGAAUGUGCAGAUCAAGUUAUCGAAUCGCUUGGUAUUGAUCUCAAGCAGAUCGACAAAUGUAUCGGAGAUCCCCAGGCAGAUGUAGACAAUCCUGUUCUUAAGGCUGAACAGGAAGCACAGAUCGGCAAAGGCUCCCGUGGAGAUGUGACCAUCUUGCCAACUCUUGUCGUAAACAACAGACAGUAUAGAGGCAAACUGGGCAAAGGAGCAGUUCUCAAGGCCAUCUGCUCAGGAUUCGAGGAGACUACAGAGCCAGCCCUUUGUUUAACUGAAGGCAUAGAAACAAAUGAGUGCUUAGAGAACAAUGGGGGAUGCUGGCAGGAUAAGGCUGCCAAUAUUACUGCAUGCAGGGAUACAUUCCGUGGGAGACUGUGUGAAUGCCCAGUCGUGCAGGGAGUACAGUUUGUUGGUGAUGGUUAUACUCACUGUGCAGCUACUGGAGCAUUACGGUGUGAAAUAAAUAAUGGAGGCUGCUGGAAAGGAUCCAAGGAUGGGAGGACCUACUCUGCUUGCAUAGAUGACCACACGAAAGAUUGCAAGUGUCCUCCAGGAUUCCGUGGUGAUGGCGUAAAAACUUGUGAUGAUAUUGAUGAAUGCAAAGAAAAGCUGGCUUGCAAUUGUAAUGAGUGCAGAUGCAAGAAUACCUGGGGUAGUCAUGAGUGCAAAUGCAGUGGCAAUUUAUUAUACAUGCAAGAGCAUGACACGUGUAUAAGUAAAGAUGUUAAUACACGGUUCAGCUGGGGGUUUUUCUGGGUUAUCAUUCUCGGUUUGGCUGCUGCAGGAAUUGUGGGAUAUGCAAUGUACAAGUACAGGAUCAGGAGAUACAUGGAUUCAGAGAUUCGGGCAAUCAUGGCACAGUAUAUGCCAUUGGAUAAUCAAGGAGAGGUACCUAGCCACAUUCCUCAUGGAAACGUUUGACCAAUCCAUGGAUUGGAAGAGACAGUCUCCCGCCUGCUUGGGAUCUCUGCUACUACGUUAAUUAAAUUCAAGUAGGGGAUGUAAUGUAAUGUAAUGUGUUCUCUCGACCUGAUGCAAGUUGCUUAGUUCAGUUGGCAUUUCCCAUUGGUUUGGUUAUUCACGCCGAAAUGUUGAAUCUCAUUUAUGUAUACUAAGGUAAAAUAAUGCGCAUAAACUCCCAACUAUCGAGGGAAAUUUUCUUGGAUGGCACUCGCAUUUGCGUGAUGUUUUUUUCGUUCCGGCGCUUUUGGACAUGUUAACAAUGAACUCUGUUUUUCCUGUUGGAAAUGAACAUUGUGUUGGCCGUCAGGGAUUUAAAACAAAAAAACAGCACACUAAUCAG